CUUGUUUGCACUCCUCAUGCUCGAAUUUCAGAAACAGAUUCUGACGGAAAUCGUGGCUGAAGAUGGUCUCUUGAUUCUAUCCAAAGGCUUGGGUUUAUUCAAUGUGCUUUGCUCUUUUAUCCAACUUCAUUGCACCGGCAAGCAUCUGGUGCUUGUCCUGAACACGACGCCGCAGCAAAUCGAUCUGGUCAAAGACACUCUGAUCGCGAAUGAAGUCCCUCCAGACCGCAUUAUACAAGCCAUUGAAUAUGACACACCGGCCGAUACAAGAAAUGCCAUGUACCGAUCCGGUGGCGUGUUUUCCAUUACUUCCCGCAUCCUCGCCGUAGAUAUGCUAUUGAAGCGUAUUCCAAUUGCUCUUAUUACGGGAAUCAUUGUAUACAAUGCACACAGAGUCAAGAGUAAUUCCAUGGAAGAAUUGAUUUUGCGCAUAUAUCGAGAAGAGAAUCAGGAAGGAUUUAUCAAAGCCUUUUCUGAUCAACCGGAAGCAUUUGUCACUGGAUUCGCCCCUCUUCAAAACACUCUAAAGUCUCUUCAGCUGCGAAAAGUGCAUCUGUGGCCGAGAUUUCAGGUCCUCGUUUCGGAUAACCUAUCGGACGCGAGUGAAGAUGUGGUAGAACUGCGCCAGCCCAUGACUUUGGCCAUGGAGAAAAUCCAGCAAUCCCUCGUCGAAUGUUUAGAAUCUACCCUUGCCGAGAUUCGCCGCUCCACAUCCAUGAUUGAUGUCGAAGACUUUACAGUGGAAAACGCGUUUUUCAAAUCGUUUGAUAUGAUUGUUCGACGUCAAUUAGAUCCGAUCUGGCAUCGUAUUAGCCCUACCACCAAACAACUGGUGGGCGAUCUGAAAGUGUUGCGACAGUUAUUAAGUUACUUGACAAGUUAUGACUGUGUCUCCUUUUACAGUUUUCUCGAGACUGUUAUUGCGAGCAAUGCAUCGCAAGACGGGAAACAAGUGCGACAAUCACAGUGGCUCUUUUUAGAAGCAGCUGAUACAGCCAUUACAACGGCUCGGCUACGGUUUUAUUUACGUCCGACGGAUCACGAUUAUAAAUUGACCGAUAUACCGGCAUCCAUUGGAUCGAGCAGUAUUCCAGAUAAACUGAAGCUUGUAUUGGAAGAGCAACCAAAAUGGAAUCUUCUCGGCGAGAUUUUGAAAGAAAUUGAACAAGAUGCCAAAACCACCAAUGAUGGCCAAAGUGCCCCGGUGCUCAUUAUGGUAAACGAGAAAAGAACAUGCUCCCAGUUAAAGGAAUAUCUUUCGCGUUUGAACACCGAGACUGGAGAUACAAACCCGGUUCUCAAUCGACUGGCCAAAAAUUUCUUUAAAUGGCGUGGCACAAUGAACCAAAUCCAAAAAGCUGGUGGCCUCUCUUUUGCGAGGCCGGCGGCCACCACCAACUCUCCAUCCGCUGGGCCAUCUACGGGUCGUGGAGCCCCACCGAAUAAACGUCGACGCGUGCGAGGCGGAUCUACCACGGCAGCUUUAAGUGGCGAUCGAGCGGCGACAUUGUCACAGACGUUCCGUGAAGAUAUCCAAGAAAAUCUGCAAGUAUUAGAUAAUCCGGAAGAAGAGGAAGAAGAGGGCCUUUUCCAGGCCAUCGAUCCCAGUGCUGAUCAAGCUAUCAAUACCAUCACGCUGGGUGCCAACGAUAUUUUACCUGAAUUUGAACCGGUGCCUCCGAAACGAUUGAUUACUAUCCAGCAUUACGACAAUGAUACAGACGAACAGGUGCUACAAGAUGUAUCGCCUCGGUUCAUUAUCAUGUAUGAUCCCGAUCCGGCUUUUGUUCGCAGAAUAGAGGUUUAUCGAGCAAUGCAUCCGAAUGUUCAUGUUCAGGUGUAUUUCAUGCUGUAUGACAAUUCCGUUGAAGAACAAAACUAUUUGAGCUUGAUUCGUAAAGAGAAAGAGGCUUUCGAGAGCCUUAUUCGUGAAAAAUCGAUCAUGGCUAUUCCGUUACCUCAAAAAGCGGGCAAUCCGGAAGAUACUUUUGUACGCGCUGUCAGUUCUCGCGUUGCGGGUGGUCAGCUCAAGGUGGCCGGUCCACCUCAGGUGAUUGUCGAUAUGCGAGAAUUCCGUAGCUCUCUUCCUCCCAUUCUCUAUGCUGAAGGUGUCAAGAUUCUUCCCUAUACGCUGCAAGUUGGUGAUUACAUCCUUAGCCCAGAAAUGUGUGUUGAGCGUAAAUCCAUAGCCGAUUUGAUCCAAUCUUUCCGCUCCGGUCGAUUGUAUACUCAAUGUGAGAAUAUGUGCCUGUAUUAUAAAAAGCCGAUUCUUCUCAUCGAGUUUGAUCAGAGUAAAUCGUUCUCCUUACAGAGCUUGUCGGAUAUGAAGAGCAAUAUUGUUUUGACGGAUCUGUCCUCAAAACUGGUCUUGCUUACCUUGACAUUUCCUAAAAUACGCAUCAUUUGGUCAUCCAGUCCUCACGAAACCGCUGCUGUGUUCAAAGAACUCAAAAAAACGAGCGAAGAACCGAGUGCAGAUGCAGCGGCGGCAGUGGGAGCCGAAGGGACCGAGGAAAUGGAUACCACGCAUAAUAUGACACCACAGGAAAUACUGCGUAAUUUACCUGGAAUCACAUCCAAGAAUUACAGAAUUAUCAUGAGCAACAUGGAGAAUCUGGAAGAGCUCACCAACAGCACCGAGGAUCGAAUUCAAAAGUUGAUCGGUGAGGAACCUGGGAGGAAGUUGUACCGAUUUUUGCAUCAACGGGCUGGAACUGAAUCAUAAUCGUUGUAAACGACAUACAAGGCCGUUACUUUUUGAUUAGAACAUACGCGUAGAGAGGCCUGAAAUUUGUACAUAUAGAUAAUUUGGACACCCUGAACAUAAUAUCAAUUGUGGCGUAUGUGAGACCAAUAUAAUUAUGUUGAUAAUAUACGUUUAUCUUUUUUUUACAAAGGUG